AUGGAAGAAAUUUGCAUUUCAAUUGCAUCUAAAAUUGUAGAAGAACCAGUGGCACUAAUUGGGAGACAACUCAGCUAUAUAAUAUACUACGAUUCUAACAUAGAAAGUCUGAAGGAUGCACUUAAAAAGCUUGAUGACAAGAAAAAUGAUGUGCAAAGAUCUGUGGAUGCUGCAAAAAGGAAUGGUGCAACCAUUAAAGAUCAAGUUCAGAGUUGGCUGGAUGAUGUAAGCAAAAUAUUUCGUGAAGCGGAAGAACUUCAAACCAAACUCAACAUGCAAAGGCGGUGCCCAAGUUUGAAAUCGCGGUAUUCUCUAAGUAGGAAAGCCAAGAAGAUUGCUAAAUGUGCCCUUGAUCUCAAACUAGACGAAGGACUAAGUAAUAAUGUUGCCAAUCCUGUACCUCUGAAACAACUGGGGUCAAUAAUCUCUAGUGAAGGUUUUAAGGGUUUUGAAUCCAGAGAAGAUGUCAUGAAUGAUGCGCUUAGUGCUUUGAGGAAUGAAAAGACAAGAAUAAUUGGGAUUUGCGGGAUGGGAGGUGUGGGUAAAACCACAAUGGUGAGAGAAAUCAGAGAAAUCAUCAAGAGAUUACAAGGAACAAAUAAGCUGUUUGAUGAUGUUGUGAUGUCAACUGUAUCCGCAACUGUAAACAUUAGGACAAUUCAAACUGAAAUUGCAGAGUCACUAGAUAUGAAAUUGGUAGAGGAAAGUGAAUCUAUAAGAGCACAAAGGCUACAUGAGAGAAUCAAGCAGAGUAAAAGAAUCCUGAUUAUAUUGGAUGAUGUAUGGUCAGCGGUUAAAUUACAGGAUGUAGGAAUCCCUUUUGGUGAUCAUGAAGGGUGCAAAAUUUUGUUGACAUCUCGAAAUGAAGAAGUUUGUAAAACAAUGGGGUGCAAAGACAACAUUUUUAGAGUCCAAGCCUUAAAUGAAAAAGAAGCAUGGGAGCUUUUCAAGGCGACUGUAGGUGAAUCCUUGGACAAUAAUAAUCCUCAUUUGCUUCAUGUUGCAAAAAUGAUUGCAGAUGAAUGCAAAGGUUUACCCAUUGCCAUCAUAACCAUCGGGAAAACACUAGUCUCAAUUGACAAGAAUGAAUGGGAUACUAUCCGUGACCAACUGAAAAAUUCUCUCCCAGAAAUCAUCCCUGGAAUGGAACACAGUGUUUAUUCUUGCAUAAAACUAAGUUACGAUAAAUUGGACAGUGAUGAAGUCAAGUCAUGCUUUUUACUUUGUUGCUUAUUUCCAGAAGAUUAUGAUGUUCCGAUUGAGUAUAUGGUAAGGUAUGGGUUGGGUCGAGCAAUUUUUGAAAACGUCAAUACGAUUGAAAAAGCAAGAAAGAGAGUGCAUUCUUUCGUUGGACAACUAAAAAGAAGGUAUUUGUUGUUGGAUAGUCAUAAGGAAGAGUGUAUCAAAAUGCAUGACAUAGUUCGUGAUGUUGCUAUAUCAAUUGCCUCAAAAGAUCCUCACAGAUUUAUGGUAAGAUCAUUUGAUGCUGAAGGUGGAGGCGGAGGACGGCCAGGGGUACAAAAAGUUACAAACCAAGAACAUUGCAGUGCAAUUUCAUUAAUUGAUGUUAAAUUGGAUGAAAAUAUUACUGAUGGUUUGGAGUGCCCCAAACUUGAGCUUCUGCAACUGAAAAAUUCCUCAAGUAGUUCAGAAUAUUCCAACCACUUUAAAAGAAUGAAAGAACUCAAGGUUUUAUCUUUCUUAGAGGUGAAUAUGUCAAGCUAUUUGGCCUCGGAAAAAUCUCUACUGCUUGGAGAACCCAAGUACCUUCAUACCUUGUGUCUAGAGGAUUGCAAUUUGGGAGACAUAUCCCAUGUUAUUGGAGGAUUGGAGAAUUUGGAGAUCCUCAGCUUUGCUCGCUCUCAAAUCAAUAAGUUGCCUAGAGAAAUAGGACAUCUUCAUAAGUUAAGGAUGCUGGAUGCAACAGAUUGUGAUGGACUUGAAGAAAUUCCUCACGGUGUCUUAUCCAACUUGAGGAGAUUAGAAGAGUUGUACAUGGCAGAAAGCUUUCUCAAUUGGGGGCCAGCAACAGGAAGCAAGGAUGAAACGAGCAUGGCAAGCCUUGAUGAGGUGUUGUCUCUAUCUGAUCAUUUAAAUAUCUUAGCCAUAAAAAUCCAUGAUGUUCAUAUGUUGCGGAAUGAUGAGUUUCUUUUAAAAAGCCAGCCUAUAAGAUUUCAUGUAUCUAUCAAUACUAGUUGGUCUUACAAAAAAGAGAGUUUCAAGAAUCGAAUGCCUGGUUAUCUGUUCAAAAAUAGUUUGAUGCUUCGUGGUGAUGUAAGGGAAUAUUUGGAGAUUGGAGCAGUUAGAUACUUCUUGAAGCAAUCUGAAGACUUAGUCCUAUUUUACACAUACAAUUUAAAGUAUGUCAUCGAGGAGUUAGAUGGUCAAGGAGGCUUUCAACACUUGAAAGUUUUAUCAAUCAUGUGUGACGACAACAUAGAGUAUGUUAUGAAUGGAAUGAAUUGGACUCCUGGUGGUCAACCUGCCUUCCCCAUCUUAGAGUCAGCUACCUUCAAGAAUGUUCACAAAUUAAAAUUUGUGUGUUGUGGCAAACUGCUAGACAAGCGCUCCUUUAUGAACCUAAGAUCCAUAGCAAUUAACAAUUGUGAUGAGUUAAAAUAUGUAUUUUCAGUAUCCAUAGCACAAAACUUGGUACAACUCCAAAGCUUAAAUGUUGAAUAUUGUGCUAAAGUGGAAGAUAUCAUAUCAAAGGAGAGAAUGGAAGAUGAUAAUGCAUCUCACAGGAUAAGUUUCCCAAGAUUAACUUUUUUGAAGCUUCAUUUUCUACUAAAGCUCCAUGGUUUCUACACGGGAAACCAACGGGACUCCACCUAUGAGAUUCUAAAGCCCAACGAAGAAAGUGUGAACAAGGUGAAAGAGACUAGAAAUGACAAUCAAGUUGCUGGGUCAACCUCAUCUAAAUCAAAAGUGGCACAAGUGGGAGCAAGUUGUAAGGCACUAUUUCCUUCAAAUUGCAUUUCAUGGUUAACAAAUCUAGAGGAACUUGUUUUGGGGUAUUUGACAAGCAAGCAAGAAUCAGAAGAAAACAGUGAAUCAAAGGACUCUUUGACAAGCGAGAACGGGUCAGAAGAACUAGUAGUCAAUGUGGUAUUUGAUUUAGAAGGGCAUGAUUCAGCAUUUUCUCAAUUACAAACAUUGAAUGCGGAUGGUUUAAAUGAGGUUGAGCAUUUGUGGAAGAACGUUCAACCUGGAUUCCAAGGUUUUCAAAAUGUAAGAUCUUUAGAUAUUCAAGAAUGUGAGAGUCUGAAAUAUCUAUGCCCCUAUGAAAUUUACAAGCUCCUUGUGAAUCUCCAAGUCGUGGAAAUAAUGUAUUGUCAAAAUAUGGAAACUAUAGUACAGGCAGCUGCUUCCACAGAGGACAAUAUCCAUGAAGAAGGGAAAGAGACAGGUGGCAGUGGCGCGAUGACUUUGUUUCCCAAACUACUGAUCAAUAGCUUCACACUAUACAACUUGCCAAACCUCGAGAGAUUUUGCCCUGAUGCCUAUUCCUUUGCAUGGUCCUCCUCAGUGAGAAAUAUGAAUGUGAUACGUUGUCGCAAAUUAAAGACAUUGGGUUUUGCACCACUAAGCAAAAAGCGGCCUGCAAUUGCAGAGAAUUCGAGUGAUGAUCAUGUAAGAGGUAGAGAAGAAUCAGGUGGUGCAUCAUCAUCAACUGGAUCUGGAUGUUCGCCACUAGUAUGCUUUCAAAGUCGUCCAUCUACUCGCAACUUUACUCAAAUAUUGCCUCAGGUUGUAAAUAGAGAGGUUACGCCGACAAAUCUUCAGACUUCAAGUGCUAGCGACAAUCUAGAAGAUCUCUCAGUAUAUGAGUGCGAUUUAUUGGAAGUGAUAUUUUUGGUUCAGGAAACCCCUUCUACUCAAGCAUUUGAUAAGCUGAGGGAGUUGAAGUUAUGUGAUUUACCAAUGCUGAGCCACAUAUGGGAAAAGGGUUUACAAGUUAGCUCAGGCUUUGGAAACCUCAGAUUCCUGCGAGUAUGGGGGUGUCACAAAUUGAGAUACUUGUUUUCACCGCACAUAGCCAAACUUCUUAUCUGCCUGGAGACAAUAGAUGUUUUCAAUUGUAGUGCGAUGGAGAAAAUUGUUGGAGAGGCAGAAGGAGGAGGAGAAAGUAUUGAGGAUGAAUUGACAUUUCCUCAAUUGAAUUAUAUCACACUUUCGUAUUUACCCGAACUUGAAUCUUUCUGCUCUGAAGCUUAUACUUUGAAGUUUCCAGCCUUGGAGAAAGUUAGAGUUUAUGAGUGUCCAAAAUUAAAAGCGUUUGCUCCUGAGUCUCUAUAUGUAUAA